AUGGCGGUGGCUUUCCCGCCGCAGAUCCCGAACAACCGUCGAUUCACGGAUCUCUGGGAACACGAUGAACUCACGCCCGAGCUCAAAGUCGCCCGCAUCGGCACUCUCUACGCCCUCCUCGAGCGUGGCCUCGCUCCGUACUCCCCGGCUCGCGACAGCGUGGUUGACAUGGUCGACGAUCUUGCCGACCGCAUCCAGGCCAUUGUUCCCAACUACUCGGCCGAUGUGGCGUUGUGCGGCGGCCGCUUUGAUCUUGUCUUUGCCGCCGACUGCCUCUUCUUCGAAGCUGCCCACUCGGGCCUCAUCCAUGCCAUCGCGUCUCUGCUCAACGACGCGCCGCCGUUCUUGUCGCGCCUCGACGCGGUUGCCGCCGACGGCCAGCUCACACUCAUCCACGCCACCCUCGACGCCUCCUACAACCCGAUCUUGCUUCCCAGCACGCCGAGUUCUCCGCUAUAG